UGGCAUUAUUUGCAGCUAACUCGUGCACGUGCUUGUUGGCCUGUUGGUGAUUUGUAACAGCUCCUCAUUUAGUUUUGUAAAUAUUAACUAUUUGAGCAAUGACGGAAGUGGAGGAUGGUCCAGCGGAGCCAAGCAUAGACUUCGUGCCAGCCCUGUGCUUUGUUCCACGCGGCGUCACCAAAGAGCGUCCUGAAAAAAUUGUCCUAACACAGGCGGAGCUUGCGCGCAUUAUUGGCGAGACUCGGGACCAGUUGCAUGAGGACGACGAUGACGAAGAUGAGGACGAAGAAAAUAUGGAUGUCGACCGCGAGCCACCCGCUGCCAGCGCUAACAAUGCAAAUCCACAAGAUGACGAAUUCAACUUCGAGAAUUAUGAGAACGAAGCAAACUCUACGGUAACAAACAUUGCCAACGUUGUUGACGCCGAUGAGCAGGUGCCCGACGAGGACGAAGACUCCGAGGCCGAGGACGAGGUGAUUAAGCCAACUGACAACCUGGUUCUCGUCGGGCACGUGCAGGACGACGCCGCUAGCAUGGAGGUCUGGGUGUUCAAUCAGGAGGAGCAGGCUCUUUACACACACCACGACUUUUUGCUGCCAAGCUUCCCGUUGUGCAUCGAGUGGAUGAACCACGAUGCGGGCAGCGACAAGCCAGGUAAUAUGUGCGCCAUCGGCUGCAUGGAUCCGAUUAUCACCAUCUGGGAUCUGGAUAUACAGGAUUCCAUUGAGCCGACAUUCAAGCUUGGCUCAAAGGGUAAUCGCAAAAAACAGAAGGAACAGUACGGGCACAAAGAUGCUGUGCUGGAUUUAUCGUGGAAUCCCCAAUUUGAGCACAUACUAGCGAGUGGCUCAGUGGACCGAACGCUCAUCCUUUGGGACAUGGAUGAGGGCCAGCCGCACACAACCAUCACCGCCUUCGAAGAGAAGGUGCAAUCCAUAGAAUUCCAUCCGGAGGAGGCACAAAGCAUUCUCGCCGGCUGUGCGGAUGGUUACGUCCGCUUGUUCGACUGCCGCGACGCCGAGAAUGUAAACGCGGCAUUUGUCAAAUGGCAGAUUGACGGCGAGGUGGAGAAAGUCCUUUGGCAUCCCACAGAAACCAAUUACUUUAUCAUUGGCACCAACGACGGCAACCUGCACUAUGCCGAUAAACGUCGGCCCCAAAACCUGCUCUGGUCUGUCAAAGCCCACAACGAGGAAAUAUCUGGUGUGUGCUUCAACAAGCUAAUGCCCAACCUGCUCACUUCUACGUCCACGGAAGGCACGCUCAAGAUAUGGAACUUCAACAGCAUCGAGCCCAAGCACGUCUACGAGCAUGACUUCAACAUGGGUCGUUUGCAGUGCAUGCGACAGUGCCCCGAAGAUCCUUACACGCUCGCCUUUGGCGGCGAGAAACCGCCGCGUUGUUCCGUAUUCAACAUCAAGAAUUUUGAGGCUGUGCGACGCACCUUCGGUAUUCCCGAUGCCGAAUAAAAUGUCUACUCUGUAUGUUAAACCCGAACGAAAA